GUAGGUUGUGAUGCUGCCUCGAGACGUCAAAUGCUAGAUUGCUUACGCGCAAGAACAGCAUCUGAAUUGGCCACUGCUGCUGGACAGACGAGAAUUCAUCGACCGAACUGGCGAACGAAAGCUUGGGCACCAACUGUGGAUGGAGAUUUUAUUGAAGAUGAUCCCAAAGUGCUGUGGGAAAAAGGAAACUUCGCUCAGAUUCCGUUAAUAGGUGGUCUGAACUACCACGAUGGAUCUUUAUGGGCAUUAUCCUCAUUGCUCAGUUUGCGUAAUCAAUCAACCGCCACGCCUAGUUUCACCGCGGCCUCAUUCCUUGUGGUGAAUGAGACGGAUAUUUUUCCCAACCCAAAUUUCACCGGCUUAUCAAAAGAUCACCAAUUCGAGGCGUUUCGUGAGAUGGCGCGAAAUGACUUUGCUCUGUCAGUGUCGGUAAGCGUAAGUGUAUUUUUAGCUAUCAUAAAUCGUCGUUUGGCUCAGUCUGGUUCUCCUUUGGAAAGCAACAAGCGCGCUAUUUAA